AUGGUCCCCAAUGAAGCCCAGCAGCACAAAGGACUUGUCCAGUUACUUCAGCAUUUCAGAUGGACCUGGGUUGGGCUUUUUGCCGUGGAUGAUGACAAAGGGAAUAGGUUUUUACAGACAAUAGUACCAAUGCUUACCCAGAAUGGCAUCUGUUAUGACUUCAUAGUAAACAUUCCAAAAUGGAGUUAUAUGGAUGAGAUGCUAGACUGGUUUUUUCAGCACUUGGAUGCCUAUCUCAUUAUGUUUGAAAGAAAGGCCAAUGUAUUCUUUGUAUAUGGAGAACCUCCAUCCUUUCAAGUUCUAAGAAUGAUGUUGUUUCUAGCACCCUUGGUGGACUUGCCCCCUCUAGGUAAAGUGUGGAUUAUUACAUCCCACUGGGAUUUUGCAUCACACUCUAUUCAAAAGAUUUGGGAUUUACAAACUUUCCAUGGUUCCAUAUCCUUCACGGUUCACUCAAAUCAGCCAUUGGGAUUCCAAAAUUUCCUUCAGAUGCUAAGACCGUCAUGGGCCAAAGGAGAUGGUUUUAUCCAGGACUUUUGGGAACACGCAUUCAACUGUUCAUUACAAAUGUCUAAUGUGCAACAUCAGGAAAUGAAAUGCUGCUCUGGAGGAGAGAAGCUGGAGAAUCUUCCUGGGACCUUGUUUGAAAUGGAAAUGACUGGCCACAGCUACAAUGUCUACAAUGCUGUCUAUGCAGUGGCGCAUGCUUUGCAAGCCAUUUACAAAACCAGUUCCAAAAGUAGAAGUUUGGGAGAACGACAGGAACUGUUUUUUCAGAAUGUGCUACCAUGGCAGGUCCAUCAUUUUCUAAGGACCAUGUUGUUCAACAAUAGUGCUGGGGAUUCAGUGUUUUUUGAUGAUAAUGGAGAAUUAGUUACAGGUUUUGAUGUAACAAACUGGAUUAUUUCUCCGAAUGGUUCGUUGUUUAGGAUCAAAGUUGGAAAAUUGGAUCCUCAUGCACCUUUAGGAAAAGAGUUACGCAUAAAUAAUGAUCAAAUUGUGUGGCAUAAAGUUUUUAAUCAGGUGAGAUACAGUUCUGUGGCAUUUGAUGUUUUGACUCAAAAUUUUCAAAGUGUUUCUGUACAGGUGCUUCCCCUUUCUGUGUGCAAUGACUACUGCUAUCCUGGGUACAGCAGGAAAAAGAAGGAAGGAGAGAAAUUUUGCUGUUAUGAUUGUGCUCCGUGUCCAGAAGGGAGGAUCUCUAAGUAUAAAGAUAUGGAUGCCUGCGUGAAAUGUCCAGAAGAUGAGUAUCCCAACAGUGGCCAAACCCAAUGCAUUCCCAAGGUCCUAAGUUAUCUCUCUUAUGAAGAAGAUUUAGGGCUCAUCUUAGUUAUCUUGACUAUUUCUUUCUCUUUGAUCACAACAUUCGUACUUGGGACUUUUAUGAAGCACAAUAACACUCCCAUAGUCAAAGCCAACAAUCAGACUCUCACCUACAUCCUCCUCAUCUCCCUCCUGCUUUGUUUCCUCUGCUCUUUUCUCUUCAUUGGACAGCCUCAAAAGGUGACCUGCCUUCUCCGACAAAUCACUUUUAGCGUCAUCUUUUCUGUGGCCCUUUCCAGUGUUUUGGCAAAAACAAUUACCGUGCUUCUGGCAUUCAUGGCAACCAAACCAGGAUCCAGGAUGAGGAAAUGGAUAGGGAAAAGGCUGGCAAAUUCUAUUGUCUUUUUCUGCUCCUUUAUUCAGGCUUGCAUAGGUACUCUUUGGUUAAGUACAUCCCCUCCAUUCCCAGAUACAGAUAUGCACUCACUGCAUGGGGAAAUCAUACUUGAAUGUAAUGAGGGUUCAGUUGCCAUGUUUUAUGGUGUCUUAGUCUAUAUGGGUUUGCUGGCCAUUGUCAGCUUCAUCUUGGCUUUCCUGGCCAGGAAGUUACCUGACAGUUUCAAUGAGGCCAAAUUUAUCACUUUCAGCCUGCUGUUGUUUUGUAGUGUUUGGUUGUCCUUUGUUCCCACGUAUCUGAGUACCAAAGGAAAAUAUAUGGUAGCUGUGGAGAUCUUUUCCAUCUUGUCCUCUGGUGUUGGAUUACUGGGUUGCAUCUUUUCCCCUAAAUGCUACAUUAUUAUAUUCAGACCUGAGCUGAACACCAGAGAACAACUAAUUGGUAAAAAAAGAACAUGA